GGGAUGCGAAGACGCUCGGUAGUGUCAUUCGUUAGUCAUUGGAAUCACUCUAUCCUGGGAUUGCGACCAUGCCUCCCCGCAUUUCGUUACAGCCUUCCUUGAGGGCCAUCACUGGUCCCUCAUCUGUCCAGCUUCCCUUUGCCGCUCUCUCAUUGAAUCCGACAAAAACAUCCGUGAGAGCUGGCUCUACAGAGUCCCGGGAGCGUAGGAGACAUAGUCCUUUCUUAAUGGCGCAGUCGCGCCAGCGCAAGGCAGCCAAUAUCUCCCGUCAGAAAGAGCUCACCAAAGAGCGGGAAGGGUCUGUGGGAAGCCCCCUUGAAACGGAGCCGACGCCUUUUAUCCAGGAACUCAGAAAGACGCAGUCGACCUUGCAGGAUAGAGACAUCAAUUACUUUGUCACGCCAGAUGGUCUCAAGGACGCAAUGGAAUACUCAAAGAACCUGACAUCGCCUGUCCGGAGGGCAGAUCGCGACACUGCUGAUCCUCAGCUUGAGAAGGAAGCAGCUGAGAGGCACCUUCAGGAACAUCGGAAUGCGCAGGAAGCCAUCCGCCGAAUUAUUAGCAUUGCCAACGGAAACACCCAGGACCGCAUGCGGCUGCAUAUCCAAAAAUGUAUUGAGACUCUUGGCCGGCACAAUACCGACAAAGUGUUGCCUCCGAAGCCGUCUUCUGUAUCGCACGAGUCUGCGACUGUUCACCCAGAGAAGACACCCCGUGUUGGUCCGGAUACUGGCUCUCCGGAAGUACAGGUGGCCAUUCUCACGGCAAAGAUCAUCAACCUGUCCAGACACCUGCAGACGACCAAGAAGGAUAAGCACAACAAGCGCAACCUACGUGUACUUGUGCACAAGAGACAGAAGUUGCUUCGAUACCUUCGAAGGAAGGAAAGGGGUGGUCCCAGGUGGCAGAAUCUGAUGGAGACACUGGGUCUUUCGGACGCUGCUUGGAACGGUGAAAUCUCCAUGUAAAUUACCCUGUUGGCGCUUGUAUUCUACCUCUCUUACUCUGUAUCUCCGUUCAAGCUUAAUGUGGGCGUGUAACCUUAUAUCAUUCGAAACUGUCUUGUAACAAAGAGCAGCGGCCUUUUCGCAUCCCAUUUCAUCCCGUGACACCUGUAUCUUGGGCAUAUUUGCUGUACACAAGUAUGGAU